AUGACAACCAAAGUGUUUUGGCUCCUCUGCUUUGUCAUUAGAUCAUCUUCCAGCUCGGCGGCCGGAUCCCUGCCCUAUGCCGAGAAACCCAGUGAGACUCGCAGCAAAGAUGCAUAUAAUUCAGCAGACUCUGCACCUGGCCAAGUCAAAGUGCCAGCCUGGGGCACCACCAGUGCUAGAGAGAAUCACACCGAACACUGGCUUUUGUCUCCCACCAACCUGCAGCACCCAAAACCUCCCGAAGUCAUCUCCCGCUCAUCGGACAAAAAGAAACAAACCAAGCCUUCUCUAGAAAACAGCACGGGGCUGAGGAAACACCUCUUGCAGUAUGGAGGGGCCAUGCCUCUGGAGAGCGCAACUGAGGGGCCGUCUCCUGCCUCCUUUGACUUCAGCCACGCAAACAGAAUGCCCGUGGACAGACGGCUGGCUGAGGCUGCUAACAGUGUGUCAGCUCACUUCCACCACGCAGCAUCUUCCUAUCAGAAGAUCACAGCCUUAGCAGAGGCUUAUCCUUUCCUACACUCUGGAACAGUAGAGUCAGAUGAUCCUAACAUGCUGGAUCAUUUCAACCGACCAGGAAAGAUAAAUCCCUAUAAAAGUGCUGAUCUCUGGAAAAAGAUUGUCAAACCCUCCUGGGUGACUAACCGCCAGUCAUCCAGUCUGCCGUACCAUUUCAGCGUGUUGAAAAAAGAUGCUGAUAAGGAGAAGGCAUGUCUGACCGAGUGCAGGAAAGAGAGAGAUGAAGUGGAGGCCUACUGCACGAGUGAAUUCGCAGUGAAUGGAAUUGUUUAUAACAUGGAAAGACUGGGGAGUGGAGUCCACUUGAUUACGUUUUUGGUAAACAGCGAUGGAUUAUACAAGAUGAAUCGUCUGUAUAUUACUCCUGAUGGCUUCUUCUUCCGAAUUCACAUUCUAGUUGUGGAUUCCUUAAACUGCAGCAAACCGUGUCCAGACUUUAAACUUGGCAGUAGAUACAUUGUGAUGGGUCAGAUCUACCACAAGAGACGACAGAUCCCUGCAAACCUACUGCAGUUCCUGCGAGGGCGCCUGAGGCCUGGGGAUGGACUGCUUGGAAGCAGCAGCAGCUAUGUGAAGAGAUUCAACAGGAAGAGGAAUCGCAAAGUACAAGGGGCUCACGCUAAAUGUAGAUAA